UUUGAGGAGCUUGCAUGCAACCGCAGGGGGCAUCGGGAUUGAUAGGGAUGUUUCCAUCAUGGCGGCAUCCAUUUCAGGUUACACUUUUAGUUCUGUGUGUUAUCACAGCUCCAACAGCAACUCAGAUCAUGAGGGCUUCCUUUUAGGAGAAGUAAGGCAAGAAGAGACUGUCAGCAUCAGUGACACACAGAUCAGCAGUGCAGAAUUGAUCCAGGUAGUAGAAAUCCAUAACCAUGAUCCUUGUGCACAGUUGUUUAGCUUUUAUGACAACGCAGGAAAAAUCAAUGAAGAAAAUCUCAACAGCAUUCUUAAAGAUAGGCGGAAAAACGUCAUUGGUUGGUACCGGUUCCGGAGGAACACGCAGCAGCAGAUGUCGUUCAGGGAACAGAUCAUCCACAAACAGCUGACUCAGCUGCUUGGUGUGCCCGACCUCGUCUUCCUUCUUUUCAGCUUCAUCUCCACCGCCAACAGCUCCACGCAUGCUCUGGAGUAUGUGCUCUUCAGACCUAACCGCAGUAGGUACAACCAGAGGAUCACCCUCACAAUCCCAAACCUCGGCAACACAAGCCAGCAGGAAUACAAAGUCUCCUCAGUGCCCAACACCUCACUCAACUACACCCAGGUCAUCAAAGAGCAUGGGGCUGAAUUCUUUGACAAAGAUGGUGUGAUGAAGGAUAUCCGAACAAUAUUCCAAGUCUACAGUGCACUACAAGAUAAAGUGCAGGCUGUGUGUGGGGAUGUAGAACAAAGUGAACGUGUGAAGGAGAAAAUUCAAGAGGAUGUGAACAAACUCAAACAACAAAUUGCUCUCAGGAAACGCAAGACGGCAGAAGAGGAGAGAAGACUCCGUGAGGCCCAAAAUGCAGACUCCCAUUCCACUACAGAGGAGAACACAGAACCUUCUGAGGCUUCUCCUCUGUCCAGGAAAACUUUCCGCACACCCUCUGCCCCAGAGCGGCCCAGUACCUCACCUAACCCACCAUCUUAUGCUGACCUCAUGUCCCAGGAUGACUCACUGCUUUCCUCUUCUUCCCCACCUACCAGUGCUGCUCUACUGCCCCGGCCCCAAGCUGUGGGCUCUCCAGGACACCCUACCCCUGGCCAACUGGGGAUGGGCCUAGGCCUUGGGUUGGGACUGGGCCUCGGUGCCAGCUCUAAUGCUGUUCCCGCUCCCAGCACCCCGUACCUUGGCAAUGGUGACGGAUCAAGCUCUGACUCGUUAGACAGACAAGCUGCAGGGCAGGAGGAUGAUGAAGAUGACGAGGAUGAUGACGAAGAUGAAGACAGUAGUGAAUAUGAGAACUUAGUGAGUGAAGCGGCUCAUCCGCCAGUGGUCCCUGCCAGCAUUUUAGUGCAAGGGCGACCAGCUGCCCUUAGUCCUGACGGGGACGCUCGUGGCUCACAGACCACAUAGAAACAUGCCACAGGGUGUGUAUGGGACACAAAUAAGUGACACACCUUGAGAGAUGGGCAUCUCAAGCAAUCAAAGAUAGACAAUUCUAGACAAAAGAAGUGCCAGUCCUGAAAGUGAAAGGCAUGUGCAGGUGGUGUCCCGCUGUGAGUAUUUCUUCUUGUCUUAGUCUGAUCUCCAUUUUAAGGGGAAACUUUGCUAGGCUUUGCAGGCUUAACAGGUGUGUCUCACUGGGGGGGAAAAAGUCGUCUGUUUUCAUUUUUUCUUUUUUUGGAAUGGGGUCGGUCUGGGUACUACAUUGUGGAUGUGUCUGGAUUCAGGGUCAGAAGUGGAUAUUACAACACAAUUUAUGCCAACUGGUUGGCAAGCCGGCUCCCUAAAAGACAGGCCCUACUCCACGCUUUCUGUAUCUUUAUGGUUUCACAUUUGCAUCACCAACUCUGAGCACCCACUCUUGCAUCUUGCACUUUUUUUUUUGCCUUUUUUUUUAACAAACCGUCUUUAAAAAAGUAAUGGGAAAAUAUUCUGCUGCCUUCAAACAAUUUUUAAAAAGAAGUAGGCAAAUGUUUUUAAUUUGAAGAUGUAUCUAUAUCUCUAACUAGAAUUUCUUUAACAUGCACAUUUCUCACAUUUGAUUUUGGAUUUGUUACAAUUUCUUUUCCAUUUACACAGUCUAAUUAAUCAUACAGUUUUAUUUAAAUGAUGAAGAAUAGAUUUCAAACAAAAUUUAAUCUGACACUUCUCUAAUGGGUGCUUUAUAUAUACAUAA